CUCCGCCUGGACUGAGGUCCCGGCUGGUGGUCCCGACUGGCGGUCGCAGAGGGCGGGGGCUGGCAGGCGCACCUGGGCAGUAGUAUGAGGCUUUGUGUGGAGAGUCGAAGCCUGCCUGGGGAGGAGGUGGUUGCCGGGGCCCAGGGUGGUUUCCAGAACGUUUGUGUGCAAGCAGUUCAGGCUCUAUUUGACAUUUGACUUGCGGGGAAAUUGCGUGCUCUGGAGAGUUGCGGAUGCUGGAACGAGGCUUGAAUCCUGGGCCAGAGUCUAAGGAUAACUCUGGGCCCACAACAGCCAUGAUUCUCACAGAACACACCCUGAGAUUUCUGCACUCUGAGCAAUGUUAGAUGCCCCUGGACUUCUGCUGAGACCUUGCCCUGGAAGAUGGCCAAGGGGCUCCUGGUGACCUAUGCCCUCUGGGCUGUAGGGGGCCCUGCUGGGCUCCACCACCUGUACCUGGGAAGGGAUAGUCAUGCCCUGCUCUGGAUGCUUACCCUGGGGGGCGCUGGGCUGGGCUGGCUCUGGGAGUUCUGGAAGCUUCCAGGCUUUGUAGCUCAGGCCAAUAGACCCCAGAACCAGAGGCAGAGCCUAGGACGGGGAAUACCCCCCCUGAGUCCUAUUCGUUUUGUUGCCCAAAUCAUAGUGGGCAUCUAUUUUGGUCUUGUGGCUCUGAUUAGCCUUUCUUCCAUGGCCAGCUUCUACAUCGUGGGUCUCCCACUAGCAGUUGGCUUAGGGGUCUUGCUGGUGGCUGCUGUGGGCGGCCAGACCUCCGACUUUAAGAACACGCUAGGGGCAGCAUUCCUGACUUCUCCCGUCUUCUACGGCCGCCCCGUGGCCAUCCUGCCCAUCAGCGUGGCUGCCAGCAUCGCAGCCCAGAAGCACCGUCGCUACAAAGUGUCCAGGAAGUCGGAGCCGCUCAGUGCCCGGCUCUACCGCCUGGGCCUGGCUUACCUGGCUUUCACGGGCCCGCUGGCGUACAGCGCUCUCUGCAACACGGCCGCCACCCUCAGCUACGUGGCUGAAGCCCUGGGCUCCCUCCUGAGCUGGUUCAGCUUCUUCCCGCUCCUUGGUCGCCUUGUAGAGUCUGUCCUCCUGCUGCCUUACCGCGUCUGGUGGCUGCUGCUGGGGGACCCUGGUUUCAGCAGCAGCUCCUUCCAGGACUGGGAGAAGCUCUAUGAGUUUGUGCACAGUUUUCAGGAUGAGAAGCGUCGGCUGGCUUACCAGGUUUUGGGCCUUUCAGAAGGUACAACAAAUGAAGAAAUUAAUCGGCGUUACCGGGAGCUGGUGAAGCUCUGGCACCCAGACCACAACCGGCACCAUACAGAGGAGGCACAGAGGCACUUUAUGGAAAUCCAGGCCGCAUACGAAGUCCUGAGUCAGCCCAGGAGGCCCCGGGGAGCCAGGAGGUGACGGUCAUGUGUGGAAGAGCCCAGGAUGUCUCUGUAGAGGAAGACUGCAGAGGCCAGGACUCGGAGGGUGAAAUGGUGAACUUUUGCUGCAUCUUUCCCACUCAUUUUUUUUGUUUGUUUGUUUUUGGUGUGUGCAUCCUUCACACUGUUUCCUGGUCAUUGACUCUGAGAUAUUUUACAUAUAUGUGGAUACAUGUUUGUGUGUGGAAGGUUAAAGAAUGCAACCACACUUGGACAGACGUUGUCACAAGCUAUUGUCCCUCUCCUUGGCCAAUCCAGUUCUUAAAGAGAAUCAUUUACUAUUUUCUGAGCACUGGGCUCAUUCAUUCCUCUAAAAUCAUUUGCUACCCCUUGGAUGGCUGCCUUCUCCAUCUCCCCUAUACCCUGUAAAGAAGGGCAGGUGAGCAUCUUGCCCUCACUGGGUUGCUGGGAUAAUCACACAGUCCUCCCCCAUGCACACGAAUAUACUUGUGUAUCUUUUCUCCUGUUCAUCUGCCUGUUGCCAGUUUGCUCAAGCAAGCCUUAAGAUACCCUUUACACCAUUCAUUGGUCAAUAUUCUCUAAAGAUGAAAAAAAAUCAAGUAGAGGAGUACAAUCUUAGAUAUUUCAUUAAAAAUAAUAUUUUAAAAUUUACCAAUAGAUUUACUUAUGUACUGUGAAUUUAAGAUCAAAUUGACUUUAAUGCUUCUUUUAAGGUUGCUAAAGUUUUUUUUUUAAAGAUUUAUUUUAUUUAUUUGGAAGACAGAGUUACAAAGAGAGAGGUAGAGAGAGAGCAAGAGAGAGAGGUCUUCAUCCACUAAUUCAUUCCCCAAAUGGCCUCAACAGCUGGAGCUGGGCCAAUCCGAAGCCAAAAGCCAGGAGCUUCUUCUGGGUCUCUCAGAUGGGUACAGGGGUUUGAGCACUUGGGCCAUCUUCCACUGCUUUCCCAGGCCAUAGCAGAGAGCUGGAUCAGAAGUGGAGCAGUCAGGACUCGAACUGGCGCGUUGGCACUGCAGGCAGUGGCUUUACCCACUAUACCACAGCACUAACCCCUAUCACUAUUAUUUUAAAAAGACUUAUUCAUUUUGAAAGGCAUACUAAUACUAAUACUAAUAAUUAGAAAGAAAGAGAGAGAGAAACAUAUUACCUUCCAUCUGCUGGUUGCAACAGCCAGGGCUGGGCCAGGCCAAAGCUAGGAGCCAGGAAAUUCAUCCCAAUCUCUCACAGGUCCCCAAAUACUUGGCCAUCAUCAGCUGCCUUCUCAAGCACAUUAGCAGGAAGCUGCAUCAGAAGUGGAGUAGUCAGGACUCAAACUGGCACUCUGCUAUGGGAUGCUGGCAUUGCAAGCAAUGGCUUACCCAUUGCACCACAAUGCCAGCCCCUGUUAUUAUUUUUUUAAAAAAAAUUUUAUUCAUUUAGGGGCUGGCAAUGUGGUUUCCAGCUCUCUGCUAUGGCCAGGAAAAACAGUAGAAGAUGGCCCAAGUCCUUGGGCCCCUGCACCUGUGUGGGAGUCCCAGAAGAAGCUCCUGGCUCCUGGCUUCGGAUUGGCACAGCUCUGGCCAUUGCAGCCAAUGGGGGAGUGAACCAGUGGACGGAAGACCUCUCUCUCUCUCUGCCUCUCUCUGUCUGUAACUCUGCCUUUCAAAUAAAUAAAUACAUCUUUAAAAAUGACAAAAAGAAGUCAAUAGGAAUGAUGGGUUCCUGUGGUGGAGGGGUUAUGAGUGAUCCCUCUCCUUUUCUAUGUGGAAUGCCUGUAUCCCCAGAGUAUCUGGGUUUGAGUCCUGGCUGUAGUUCCAAUUCCAGCUUCCUGCCAAUGCAGACCCUGAAAGGCAAUAAGCUUUUUUUUUUUUUGACAGGCAGAGUGGACAGUGAGAGAAAAAGAGAGAGAGAGAGAGAGAGAGAGAGAGAGAGAGAGAGAAACAGAGAGAAAGGUCUUCCUUUUCCGUUGGUUCACCCCCCAAUGGCCGCUGCAGCUCAAGUAUCCUUGCCUGGGAGCUCUGGUUCGAGUUCCGGAUCCACGUUUUGGCCUGAUCCAGCCCUGGUUGUUGUGGACAUUUGGGGAGUGACCCAACAGAUGAAAGAUCUGUCUCUCUCCAGUUCUCUGUUUGUCUUUCAAAUUAAAUAAAUAAAUUCAAUUGCUUUCAACACUGGAUCCUGUUGUUAUUAUAGUUGUAGCUGAGGUUUGUGCUAAAAGGUUUGAUUUGUUAUCUACUGUCUGCCCUCUUGUGGACAUUGUUUUGGGGGGAAAAAUAAAAUAUUUAACUGCUUGAAGAACUAUAUAAUGAUCCACACCCAAACCCGAAAACAAUUCACCUGCAUCUCAAUCUUUGUUUUCAGUUAUUUGUUCUCAUCCAUAAACGUGCUUCAUUCUACGUGGCUGAAAUAUAUAAAGGAUAAUUUUGUUUCCUCUUCUCUGAUAAUGAUGAUGUCUUUAUGGAGAUAUGUAAAAAUACUUAAGAAUCAAUAGACAAUUUUGUAUAUUACUCCAACGUUGUUAUCGUGUAUAAUUUUUUUUACUGAGAUGUAUCCACAUACCAAGAAAUUCACCCUAUUAAAGCAUACAAUUUAGUGUUUGCUUUUUUUUUUAACAUAUUCACAAGGUUGUACACUCAUCUCCAUUCUCAUAUUCUAGAAAUUUCCACAGCCCCCCAAAGAAGCUCCAUACCUGCUAGCAUCCACUCUCCCAUCCCUCCCCCUCCAGCCCCUAGAAGCCUCUAAUCUAUGUUCUGUGUCUGCAGAUUUGCCCAUUCUGGACAUUUCAAAUAAAUGGAAUCAUACAGGA